UUUGACACGCCCUUCUUUUUUCCAGAAGCCUCUAUCGCAGCUUUUCCAAGUGCGCAGCCAAACGGAAGGAAACUUCUUCUCAAGGCUGACGUAUUUCUCUUAUGAUGCUGACAAGAAUUACGGUUACAUAUCAGAGAACCUUGGAAUCCCGGUUCCCACCACAGCGAACGUCGUCAAACUGUUUACCAAACACGGCGUCGAAAGCCCAAGAAGCGUACAGCAAUACCCAACGUACCAAAAGCGACCAAAUCGGUGCCCGGUGUCCCAUCUUCGCGACAAACAUUGAGAGACGUUUUUUCUCCACCUACAUCGGUCUACAAGUACCACACGUGUCGUCCGUCUUCCCCAUCUGUUUUCACUACUUCGGGAAGCCUCAGAAAUACGUAUCGCUCACUGCUGCUUCCUCAACGGUUGUACAAAAACCUUCGGCUCCAUACAGUGUACGGCGUAUCUUGAGCUAUCCCAUGGCUAUGUGCUCCCCUCAUCGAUGAAGACGACUCGACAUUUAAACAACUGUCAAUAUAAUUCUCGACACAUUACUCUGGUGACGACGACGUGGAACAGCAUUACGUCUGCCCUUGCUGCACUGCACAGGUCAAAAAACUAAGAGACGUCGACCCAUUUCAUCAACCAGCGCAAAACAAACCUUCCAUCAGUUUCGUCGGAAAGCACUACUGCUGAAGAUACGUCAACUGGACGAGACUCAUCUGACAACACUUCACCUGAACAAGUCAACCAGGCGCAGCCGCAAGAUCAAAGCGGCCAACUGAAAACGCUAUGAUUUUAGAUGACGUUCCUACUGACUCAUCUCGUGGCGAACCCCUUGACAUCAAUGGUUUCGACGUUCCGGAUGCCAGUUGCCGCAUGAAGCUCGCUUUGGAGGAUCACCAAUAGGAAGUGAUCACUGGAAGGUCACUUGCCCCAAAUACUUGCCUCCAUAUCGGUAUUGCUCUUGAGGCUUCAAGGUUAUCUUAACGAUCGAAGCAAUAGAAGAUUUACUUGAGGUGCAAGCUUUGAAGCGAAAUAUUUCAGAAAUGUAUGGCGUAGAAACGGCAGUGUUUUCUCUCGAUGUCAACUUGCCUGAAGAAGAAGAAUUGCCUCCCUCAGACGACAUUACAUUUCGCGAUGAAAUAUGAUCAUCUUUUGGAGAUGGACGGUGCCAGAAUUGCCGCCGAAAAUGUUUACAAGAUACAACAGCCAUCCUUACCAAUUGACACUGCAGCCGAGCUUCUUUCGAUCGUGGACGACUUGCUGCGACUCAAGACUGACAGGGAUGCAGCCGAAAUCCAAUUGUGAACGCUGCAACUGCCCGAGAACGAAAAAAUUUGCCGAAGCGGUUGCCGCUUGCGUCGAAAAGCUCCCAUCUGUACCACUUGAUCAGGAUCCAAAUAAGUCUGAGCUUUACUCACGAUUUAUUGAACCAUUUCUCUCAGGCUUAUUUGACGAUCCUGACCAAGAGGUGUAUACUGCGCUGGACAAACGGAACAACAUUGGAAGUGAAGCAAUUAUCCAGCAGCAUGCGCCCCGACUUAAUAAUUACCAUAACCGUUGGUCUCAAGUGGAAAGAAGCCUCGGAUAUGGAGAAGCCAAACCUGCUACGCGCGAAAAUGACUUUUGCGCAGACUAUGGAAGGUCAGCGCAACUGGACAAGGGAGUGGCGUUAAGUGCUUGCGCAAGACAGGGCAAGUCAAGUCAAGGACCCGCAUAGGGUAAGAUCAUGGUCCUGCACUAUGCAAUGACCAUGACACAUGGUGUGCCAAUAUCUCAUGAAGACGGUCAUGACACGAUAUGCUUGUUUGCACUUAAUACAACAUUCAGCAUAGAGUAGUAAAAUAUCUUUCAUCAGAGCGGGAUUUGGUCACUCAAGGGUAACGACCUCGCAUUGAAUGCCGAAGCUUAGAAAUACUUUGUGACAGUGAAACACAGAUCAGACAAGGAAAUACCUCAUGCGAGGCGUAACGUACAGCAAUCAGCAGGCAUAAGUAUGCCGGAUGGAACAGUUGGUUCAACGUUUUCCGUAGCCAUGGUGGUUAGGCGCGUUUCAUUGGGCGCAUUGUCAUUUACCUAUAGUUUCGCAAGUACGAUGCAUGAUAGAUAUCGGAUUAAAACCUCGUAGAAGUAGUCCUUGAUCAUACGAUCAACAGUACCUUUAAGAGCUCAAUGUGAAAAUUCUUACAAAAAUGAACCAAGUAUUCAUACUACCAUGUAAAUAGACAUAUCGCCAGGCAAGUUAAUGAGGAGUUCCGUUAAUGCCGAAUGUAGCAUAAUAACCUGAUGUACUCUAUUUGCAAGUCUACGACAAAACUUCGGUGAUAAAUGUAGUUACAGAAAAAUAUCUCAAAUCGAACUGCUGAUACAGUAGCUAAAACGGCUUAACCUCUGUCAUGAGCAUUACAGAAGUGACAUCUCUUGAAGACAAAGCGAUCGGUGUGAUAUACUGUGUUUGCCGCCUCUUUGUGAUUAUGUCAUUAAAAUGGCAAGAAAAUGGCUACAAUAAUUAGUCUUCACCUUGUAGGCUCAUUUGCUUUAAAUGAAUCAGGAGUGGCGCUCUUUUGUUUGUAUGAACCACAUUUCCCAAUGCCCCGAAAACACGCGCCUCGUCUUCAUUGUUUUUAACAUCAUAUUGUUUAUAGUUUUGCCUGCUCUUUAAAUGACUAGCCCCUAGCAAGGUACUGUAGAAAUUCGGCAAAAAAGACCGCCGCAUUGAAUACCGUAUUUCAGAAAUCUUUUCAUACUACCUAUUGCAGAACAAACAUAGAUCAGAGCCGAAAUGUGAUAUGCCGAGGUUCAAUUUCAUCGUUAGAUCUGAAUUGCCGUAUUUAAUGUCGCAUGAAGAAACGCUUCAUACUAGUUUUCUCGCAUUAAGCGUGUUUAGGAGAGUUCCCAUAAUAUUGGCCACGCAUCAAAUUUGGGGGUUUUGUGACGGAUCGAUGAUAAAAAAU